AACACUUUAAAAAACACAAACUUCAAUUUACUAUUGCUGCAAUAGUGUUGUGCCGAUUUUACCCCACCUUUCAACCUUAAUUACUAAAUUUUCCAUGAUGUUGGAUGAUGCCACGUGUUCCAUCAUCUAUCUGCCUUAUUUGAUCGUCUUUGUUUCCCCUUUCUCUUUCCUCGACUAUGGGAUCUUUUUCCCCUUCCAUUUUCAACAAACCCUAGCUCUCAUCUUUGCAAUCUCCUCCUCCCCCUUCACCUCUCUCCUUCCAUCAUCCUAGAUUUCCAGAUCGUCAAUCUCCGUUCUUCUUCAAGAGGAUGUUAGUUUAUGGUGAUCGAAGGCCCACAUUCGAGGAUUUUGAGAAGGAGUCCAACUAUGGAACCAUUGAUACAUUUGAAGCUAUUCGUUCUCAUAUGACGAAUCUGUUGCUUCGUAAUUCGCCUCUUCAAUAACCGGCACCCAGGUUCACUCCUUCUGAAUCUCCUCACUAUCAGUUCGUCUCUUUCUCCCUGGUGGUAAUUAUGAAAAUUGUAAGCUAUCCCAACAUAGUCAAUCUUAUCGAGGUGAUUAAUGAUCCAGACACAGAUCACUUCUAUAUGGUUGAGUAUGUGGAGGGCAAAUGGGAUUGUGAGGGUGUUGGACCACCUGGUGGCUUAGGGGAAGCUAUCAUGAGACAAUAUUUACGAGAUAUUGUUUCUGGGUUAAUGUAUCUUCAUUCACAUAAUAUAGUGCAUAUGGACAUAAAGACUCAAAAUCUUUUGGUUUCGCGUAAUGGCACUGUAAAGAUUGCAAAUUUCAGUGUCAGCCAAGUUUUUGAGGUAAUGGAAUAGUAUCUCAUUAUAUUAAAUAUCAAUUUAUUUCUAUUCUUGAUAACUUUGUGCAUGUGAUCUUUUCCAUUCAUUAUUUGGUUGAGGAUACAAUGAUUUCAU